AUGCCUAAAGAACUAUCGGAAUCACACAAAAAUUAUUUUGUUAAACGAUGUUUUUUUAUGUCACGCAUGUAUGGAAUGGGCUGCUUUAACCCUCUCGUACCUGUUAUUCCGGUCCAACAACCUAUGCCGAUUGGCAUGAUGCCAGUCAUGAACGGCAAUGGCAUGAAUGGUGGCAUGAAUGGUGCUAUGAAUGGUGGCAUGAAUGGUGGCAUGAAUGGUGCUAUGAAUGGUGGCAUGAAUGGUGGCAUGAAUGGUGGCAUGAAUGGUGCUAUGAAUGGUGGCAUGAAUGGUGGCAUGAAUGGUGCUAUGAGUGGUGGCAUGAAUGGUGGCAUGAAUGGUGGCAAGAAUGGUGCUAUGAAUGGUGCUAUGAGUGGUGGCAUGAAUGGUGGCAACGGUAAUG